UUUCAGCUUUCACUCUUGAAAAUAUAUAUGAUUCAGGGUGGAUAAGGCCGAAAUACAUUACAUGUUUGAAUGGUCUGAUGAGAAACACACACACACACACACACACACAUACAGCUUGCUAAAAACGUCCCUAAUAAACCAUAAUAGAACCUAACUUCACCUCACCUCCUAAGAUGGGUUCUCUGCCCCUGGACUCCCCCGGCAUAUUCAGCAGAAGGAACUUACCAUAAUAUUAAGAUUUCUUAUUUGGAAAUUGGAUCACCUGAAAGCUCUCAUACUCUGGGUGUGGAUGAAGGUCAAGACGAGGAAGCAGAAUGGUUGGACAGGGAUGCGGCUCAAGAAUCGUAUAGAAAGAAUUGCUGCCGUGAAUCAGUAGGUGACGGAUACGAGGCUCUUACACAUCCCUUUGGAGUUUUGUGAUGUGCUGUUGGUGUAGUGAUGUGUAAUCUUUAUUAGUAGUUUUGAGAGGUAUUAAAAGUGUCUUGAGAGGUAUUAAAGGUGUCUUGAGUUAUUAGAAUUGUAAAGUAAUAUAUAAUGGCGAAUUGUAUGACUUUUACAUCAUCUACAACUGAGGAAAAUAUUAAGAGUGCAGACAGCGGUAGGGUUGACCAAGUGAAUAAUGAAAAUUGUUUUGAGAACAAUAUCACCUCAAAACCUGUAAUUAUUCAACAGGAUUCAUGUGAUAAUAGUGAAGGGGAUGAAUGUCUUGAAGAGGAUUUGGGUAAAAGUAUUGUUAGCAGUGAAAAAGAUAGAGAAAAUAGAUUAAAUGAUGACUGCAGUGAUAAUACUAAAGAUGGUUUAGAUGAUAAUGUUGACUGUAAAUCAACACCAGAUAGCAAAUCUCACUCUGUUGGUUCAUCUAAUUCAAAACUCUUUCCUUGUUCUUUCUGUGGGGAAAAAUUUGACAUUAUGACAAAUUUAAUGAAGCAUAUGUUACUUCACUCAGCAAAGCAAGCAUUUGAUUGUUCUGUCUGUAACAAAAGCUUUAAAGAAAAGGGCAAUCUUACUAAACACAUGAGAAUACAUACAGGGGAGAAAUCAUACGUGUGUGGCGUAUGUGACAAAAGAUUUACCCAGAGAUCAGGUUUUUUAUAUCAUUCCAAGAUUCAUAAUGGAGAGAAGACAUCUUCUUGUUCAGAAUGUGACCAAAUGUUUGCAUCAGAAUGUAAUCUAACAAUUCACAUGAGAAUCCACAUGGGAGAGAAGCCAUAUGUGUGUGAAGUAUGUGGGAAAACCUUCACUCAACAGUCUAGUUUGCUGUAUCAUUCAGGUACUCAUACUGGGGAGAAGCCACAUCAGUGUGAGAUUUGUAAGAGACUUUUUCUCUCACACUCGGACCUAAAUAAACAUAAAGAAAUUCAUUCCUUGAAGAAGCAGUUUUUGUGUGAAAUGUGUGGGAAGGUGUUCACUAAUAAACAUACUUUAGAAAUGCAUAGGUUGGUUGAUGCAGGUCAUAAACCUCAUGAGUGUAAAGAGUGUGGCAAGAAGUUUACACAGAAAGGAAAAUUAACAAGUCAUAUGAAGUGGCAUAGUGGUGAUAGAAAAUAUAAGUGUGAAAAAUGUGGCAAAGCAUUCAUACAAAACUGUGAGCUUAAAAAACACGUUAAAGUGCAUAGUGAUGUUCUUCCAUACCAGUGUGAUGUCUGUAGUAAAAAAUUCUUACACAAAUGUAAUAUUGUUGAACAUAAGAAGACUCACAUGCAAAAGAGGCCAUAUUCCUGCCCCAUGUGUGGUAAAACAUUUCCCAGGAAAGGUGGAGUAACAAGGCAUCUGGCAGCACAUUCACAAGAGAAACCUCAUCAGUGUAAAGAAUGUGGGAUGAAGUUCUCACUGAUAAGUAAACUGAAGAGACAUGUGAAAAUCCACACAACACCGAAAGAUUUUGUGUGUGAGACUUGUGGGCAAAGAUUCCUCAUGAAAACUGAACUUGAGCAACACAAGAUAAUCCACAUAGGAGAAAAGGAUAAUGGAUGUAGAAUUUAUGAUAACGGAUAUAGCACCUCUAAACGGUGUGUUAUUCUGCAUACAAAUCCACGCACAGUGAAUAUAUUAAAUGAAAAUGAAAGUAUCCCAGGAAGCAGUGCUGAGAAUUCAUUUUGUCUUGGUGAUCAUAUGGAUGAAGACAAGUUAAAUGUUCAGGCAAGUGAUGGAAUAAACUUGAACUGUCAUAACAUAAAGAAAGAUUACCUCAGUUGUGACUCUGAUAAUCAUGAUAGCAUAGAUAAUUAUAAGACCAAACUCUGUUCACAAGUACCAGAAGUUUCUGUUGAUAGUGAAAUAAAUUCAUCAUUUUCAGAUGUUAGUUGUCCCAUGAAGGAAGAAACUGAGGAUAUAUGUAUAAAAGACGAAGAAAUUGAAUAGGGAGAAAUAAAUUACAGUAGUUAGAAUUAUCUCUCAAAUCAGCAGCACCUUUUAGAAACUACUGUUUGGCCAGAUGGAUUCCUGUAUCAUCAGCUAAAGUGUAACGAUUAUAAACCAUAGUUCCAAAAUCUAACUCAAUCAUUCAGUUCAAACACCUUUCCCUCAUAACCAUAGUUCAAUAUAAGAGGUCUAGGUGAAGUCAGAGUCUUGCUGUCACUUGGGUUUUAUGCUCCAUAACUCUCAUUUGACUCUGUUACAAAGCAUCAUUGCAUCGAGUGGCUAAUCCAGGGGCUGGCUUGGAGUAGUGUAUCAGGGAUCUUGAGGAAAGUUGUUGAAACAUUUUUUUCCUCAUGUUUUUACUACAGAUUUUAUAAGUAAGGACCAUCCAGAAUAGAUCUAAUGAGACAGUAAUCUCUUUUAGCUGAAGGUGAUGCCAACAAGAAUUUUUUUUAAAGAUUAUAAUUGUAAAUAGAAAGGUUUUAGCUGUUCUGUUAAUCAUAGCUACCCAUAGACUCUGGCUGAUAACACAGGAGUCAGUUGGUCUAGACUGUAUAGUAAAGUGGAAUUUAAAGAACCCUCUCUCAUUUUUCUAGAUAUUUGUACAGCAGAAAAUAGUUUAUAUUUUUGUAUAAGUGUUCCAUAAUGUUGAUACCUAUGUCCCAUAUUAAAUAAUAGAGUUUUAAAUGUAUACCUUGCAUCAUAUUCAAAAUACAGUACAUUUUGAGAGUUAUGAACUUAAGUGAAUAAUACAGUCAUUUAAUUUACUCACUGUGGUUUCUGAGUAAAUAAAUGCACUCAGUAACCUACAGACGGAAAAUACAUAAAUCUUGGAGAUGCUGUGAAAUUUUAAAGACCUAUUUAUUCAAUUAGAAACCUGUCUCAUCUUCCUCAGGUCUGGCACCAACCAUAGCAUCAGAAUGUGACCUGAAACACAUGUUGAUGAAAAACAUGGUAAUCUGUUGAGUAUAAUUACUGUAUACUGUAGAUAGUUACUCUGGUAUAAUUACUGUAUACUGUAGGUAGUUACUAUGGUAUAAUUACUGUAUACUGUAGAUAGUUAC